GUGCACGCCGCGGCCGGGCGUCGGUAGUGGGUCCCUAGCUGGCGGGACGGGAAGGGCUGCACCAUGAGCCGUGUGGUGACUAUCGAGGAGCCCCUGGCCAGCCCGCAGCUGCCUCAGACCCGGUGCAGGGAGAAGCCGGGGGCCAGCGGCAGUGUCUCCGCCAAUCGACCGUAUGAUUUUCUGUACGAUCCAUUGUUUAUUGUGUCAAGUGAGAAAGAUCACACACAGGCAAAUAUCCAAGCUAACCUGAUUCGAAACAGACUGAGAAGAGUUCCCAGGUUUAGAACCAUGUUCAGUAACUUGAUCCAUUAUCCAAGGUAUUCUCUGUAUUGGAGCAAGGUUGACCCUGUCCCAGCAUUCAUGCGCCGGGAAUGGAAAGGACAGGAGGAGAAACACAGAGAAGGCCUCUGGCAGCUUGCUAUAACGGAUACAUCUUUCCAGAUGGCUAAAGAGGUUUAUGAAGAUCCUGAUGUGACUGGAAAGAAUCGCUAUAAAUAUUUUGAAAGGCCUUUCCUUCCAUUUCAUCAACAGGUGCCCUUCAAUAUUGUUUUUGCAGCAACCAAGACACAGGCAUAUACUUUUCUCCCUAUUUCUGCUAAAUACCCACCCGUACUUUCGAAGCAUACUGUGGGUACUCAGACUGAUUAUCGGGAUGCUGAAGUUCAAACUGAUCCGUAUUCUCCAGAAUAUGUAGUAUGUCAGGAUUCAAUCCCUGAGCUCUUGACCCUGGCUACUCUUACUUGGGGUCGAGGGCUCCCAGCUGGACAAGCUGAAGUUGAAAUGAUAGAACGUGCCCGGGAGAAACGUGCUUGGGAAGCCACUCUUCCCUGUCUGAGUGACACCUCCCAGUUUGAGAAGAGGAGGAGGAUGAUGAAUGCAAUGGAAAGGAAGGAGUGGGCCUUCAGAGAACAGGAGAUUGAAAAAUUACAGGAGAUUCGUCUGGAAGUUCUAAAAGAGUUGCUGAAGAAACGUGAUGAGAAUCAAAAUGAAGUGAACAUGAAGCACUUGAAUGCCCGAUGGUCUCAACUGCAGGAAGCGAAGGAGGCAAAGUUGGCACAGAUUCAGCACACACAUGUAGUAGCAAUCAGAAAACUUGCGGGAAAGGGAAGGAAUAUAGAAGGGAAGUUGGAGAGAAGAAAUAUCAUCAAGGAUUAUUCUGAUUAUGCAUCACAGGUCUAUGGACCUCUGUCUCGUCUUGGUCGUUUCCCUGACAACAAUUCAGAGGACUUUGUAGUAAAAAACUACUAUCUCAACACCUAUGAAGGAUUAGUUGAACUUGAGUCAAGUCUCCCAGAUUUUGUGACACACCCCCGAAUCAGACCUCCGAAGCCAAAAGUCACUACCACGAAAGCUGGUUUUCUCAAGAGGGCAGCAAGGAUGGACCAUGAAUUGGCAGAGGUUCAUAAGGCAAUAUUGGAUAAGAAGAAUAAAGUUCUUGAACCAAAGAAACUUCUGCGCUUCCUUCAAAGAAAGGCUGUACCUCAACCUCGGCUUCCAACGCCAACCUUGGAAAUGAGUUCCAAUGAAGAAGAAGAUAUAGAAAUGGCUGUGAUCUACCUUCAAAAGUUACUUCGGGGAAGAGUCAUUCAGAACAUGAUGUUUGAAGGCAAGGAAAAGCGACUGGAGUUGAUCCAGGAGCUACGCACCAGCCAUGCACUGCAAGAGGACGAUAGGCUGCUGAAGAAAGCCGAGAAGCAAGUGACGCUGGCCUUACAGCGGCAGAGAAACCUGCAUGAGCACAAGGUCUCACUGGUUGAAAACCAUUUGGCUGGACUGGAAGGAAGGGUGCUGGCAGACAUGUUUGACUUUCUGUCCAAAGAGCUGGUGAGACUACAGGAAGAGAGGAGGAUUCAUGCUUUUGCCAUGCUGGCCGAGAGGCAGCGGAGGAUGCGAGAAGCUGAAGAGAGUGGUCGACGCCAAGUGGAGCAAAGGCGCCUGCGGGAGGAGGACCAGAUAUUUAAGGAGGUGAUUAAAGUUCACCAAAGUACUAUAACUUCCUAUCUGGAAGACAUAAUACUGAAUACCGAAGAGAAUACUGCAGAAGAACAAGCCAGGGCAGAAAUUGAGAAGAUGGCUGAGGAAAUCAAUGACGUUGCUUAUGAAAUGGAGAGCCGUCGAACUCAGCUUCAGUCAGAGGAGAUUGUUGCUGAGUUGGUUUAUAGUUUCCUGAUCCCAGAGGUACAAAAGGAGUUUGUCAAAGAAAAAGUGAGGAAUGCACAGCAGAAGCAUAUCCUUGCGGCCCAUCAGAUCAUCCACGGGCACACAGAAGACAUGGUCAAGAAGAAUUUUGUUGAGCAAGAGCAAGAUGAAGAGGUCUCAGACACUGACAAGUCACCUGAGGAAGAUACUCAAAAUAAAGAAUAGCAGCUAAGAUUAUCUUUCCUAAAAGAAGCUGUGCAAAUCAUCAUAAAGAAUUCCUAUAUCUGUGCUUCUUCCAAGAUGUACAGCUCUUAUGGACUUGUCAAUGUGUAAUUCAUGAGGAAAGAUCUUUAUUUUCCAUAAACUUCCAAUAAUUUAAAAUGAUUUUCAGUAAUAAUAAUCAAAUGAAGGAGUUUAUUCUCUUUGGUGUUUCCCAGAUGCUCUACUUCAAGAGAAAAUUUUCUUAUGUUUCAUUUCAACAUUUUGUUAACUACGAGGAUAUUCUGGCUUAAUCAAACAAAAAGAAAUGUUACUGAAUAUUUCUUACAUAGUUUUGGCUUGAUAUUCAUGGUACAUUGACCUUAUCUGCUAAGUUUGAAAGCAUGCAUACUCCAUGACCUGGCAUUUCACCUCCUAGAUAUAUACUCAAUAGAAAUACAUGAGUAUAUGCAUCAACAGGCAUAACAAGAAUGUUCACAGCAGUACUUUUCUUUAUAGCUCCUCAACUAGAAACCCAAACAUUCAUUGACAUUGGAAUAAAAAAAUAAGCUAUGGUAUAUCAAUAUAAUGGCACAUCAACUUAACCUUGAGCUUUAGAUCUAAGAAUAUUUAUGCAACACCCCUAUAGAGAGGGUGCUGUUAGAGAGCAAUCUGCCCACCCUGUGUGUUGACAAACAUUAGGAUCCCUCCUCAUUUAAAGAUUGGUAAAUAGGAAACAAACAAACCCUAAAAACAAAAGUAUCAACAACAAAUCUACCUGAGCCCCAUGCAUGUUACUCUGAAAGCAGAAUAAAAGCCUAUCUUAGAAAAUGUCCUUCUAUAGGAAACAAGAAAAUCUUCAGAAGCUACCUGCUGGUGAUUUUAAUAGGAGGCAAAAAGAAAUGGCCUCAGGAAACUGAAGCAGAGAAUAAUAAGAGCAGAUGCCAACAGAGAGUUGCAGGCUGGAAAGAAAGGAAAACUGGCUAAUGUGAAAAAAAAUGCAAAAAGAUUUAAAAAUCCAGUGAAACACAUUUGGAUGCAGUUUAAAGAACAAAUUUCACAGCAGAGAAUAAAAGAGGUGAUGUUGCUAAUGAAAUUAAGUCAUCCAGUAUGGUUUGGGAAGGAUAAAGAGAUGAAAAUGACAAAGAGGUUAGCUCUGGAUGACCAAUCCUACAAGCAGUAGGAAAUCUUAAAGAAGAAACCAAGACAAAUAAAAUAGUUUUAAUAAAAGAUUUUCUGAGCUGAAAAAAUACUUGAUCAUACAACUUUGGAAAGGUUUACCUUGUAUUAGGAUAACUGUGAUCAAGGUAACUUUUCUUUGCCUGAGAAUCACUGACAAACAGAAAAGCACUACACAAUUAAUGAGGGAGUUGAGUUUUGUUCCUUUAAAAAUGCUAACCUGAUUGAGGUAAAAGUUAUUCACUUGUAAAAUAAAAAAUCAGGGACACAAGACAGAAUGAGAAGAAGCAAAUUAGGCAAUGGGAUAGAAAAUGGUGGCAGGGUGGGCUGUGGGGAGUGAAGGUGCUAUACUAUAGCAGGCAACAGCAGACUUAUUCUGUAAAGAGCCAGAUAGUAACUAUUUUAGGUUUUGUGGGUUAGUUUCUGUUGCAAUUACUCAACUCUGCCAUUAUAAGGUGAAAGCAGCAAUAGGUAACAUAUAGAAGGCACAUGGUUGUGCUCCAAUAAAACUUUACAAAAACUGACAGCAGCCAGAUUUGGCCCUUGAGCUGUACUUUGCCCAUCCCUGCUAUAUAGCAAUGAACUGAAGUUGAAAUCAAUACCUACUUUCAUAAAGUGUUUAAAGCAGCUUUUAAUAAAGAACAUAUAAUGAAACAAUAUUUUCUAUUUUCAAUUUUUUAAAAGAUUUAUUUAUUUAUUCAUGAUAGAUGUAGAGAGAGAAAGAGAGGCACAGGCACAGGAGGAGAGAGAAGCAGGCUCCAUGCCAGGAGCCUGACG